CGCUUCCUCCCGCUGUCUCUGCACACAGCCUGGGCCUGGGGUCCCGCCAUUCGGACGGACCCUGCCUGCCUCGCACAGGAUCCCCCAAGCUCCGCUGGGCAUCUGCGGGGAUCACCUGCCUCAGCCCCAGUUCCUCUGGCGUCCUCUCCCCAACCUGGGAGCUGCAUCCCUCUGCCUUUUCUCUCGCGACCCGCCGGCCUCGGAGACCCGGAGGCCGCCCGGUGUGCCUGGGUCAGAGACAGAGGGGUUGGUAACUGGCCUGAAGCUGGCAGCAUGGAGCCCCUCUUUCCAGCUUCCACACCCAGCUGGAAUGCCUCGGCUGCUUCCAGUGGUAACCGUAACUGGUCACUGGUGGGCCCAGUAUCCUCGAUGGGAGCCCCGGGGAUACUGGUGCCUGUGCUCUACUUGCUGGUGUGCACGGUGGGGCUGGGUGGAAAUACACUGGUCAUCUAUGUGGUGCUGCGGCAUGCCAAGAUGAAGACAGUGACGAACGUAUACAUCCUGAACCUGGCUGUGGCUGACGUAUUGUUUAUGUUGGGGCUUCCCUUCCUGGCUACACAGAACGCCAUCUCCUACUGGCCCUUUGGCUCCUUCCUGUGCCGCCUGGUCAUGACGCUGGAUGGCAUCAACCAGUUCACCAGUAUCUUCUGCCUGAUGGUCAUGAGUGUCGACCGCUACCUGGCUGUGGUCCACCCUCUCCGCUCGGCCCGGUGGCGUCGCCCCCGGGUAGCCAAGCUGGCCAGCGCUGCUGUCUGGGUCUUCUCACUGCUCAUGUCUCUGCCGCUCUUGGUCUUCGCGGAUGUCCAGGAGGGCUGGGGCACCUGCAACCUGAGCUGGCCGGAGCCUGUGCAACUGUGGGGUGCGGCCUUCAUCACCUACACGUCCGUGCUGGGCUUCUUUGGGCCCCUGCUGGUCAUCUGUCUGUGCUACCUGCUCAUUGUGGUGAAGGUGAAGGCCGCCGGUGUGCGUGUGGGCUCCUCCCGGCGACGGCGCUCAGAGCGCAAGGUGACUCGGAUGGUGGUGGUGGUGGUGCUGGUGUUCGUGGGCUGCUGGCUGCCUUUCUUCAUUGUCAACAUCGUCAACCUGGCCUUCACGUUGCCUGAGGAGCCUGUCUCUGCUGGCCUCUACUUCUUCGUGGUGGUCUUGUCUUACGCCAACAGCUGUGCCAACCCCCUGCUCUACGGCUUUCUCUCUGAUAACUUCCGCCAGAGCUUCCGGAAGGUUCUGUGCCUACGUAGAGGAUACGGGAUGGAGGAUGCAGAGGUCGCAGAACCACAGCCGGACAAGAGUGGGCGGCUGCAGGCCACACUGCCCACACGCAGCUGUGAGGCCAAUGGGCUCAUGCAGACCAGCAGGCUCUGAGUGCCUCCGUAGCACCCUGGUCCUGCCAGGCCUCUCUGAUGUUGUCCUCUGGGAUGUGAGUGUGCUGAGAUACUCUUGUGCCCAGGUCUGCAAGCUGGACUCCUCUUGGUAGCAGUGUGAAGACAGCUGCCUGGGGCUAAAGCCAAGGGUGGGCAGCACAGCUGGGGUCCUGUGGUGACUGACCAUCUCUUUCACCAAAAUGUUCUGCCAGGCCAGGGUCUGAGAGUUUGGAGAUCGUGAGAUGGGCUUAGUUUUGCCCCCUGGAAAUAUUCAGGCACCUUCACCCACAAUGUGGCACAACUGUCAGCCUCUCAGGCCAAGAGGCAGUUUUCCAGGAGGAAGCCAGGAGAUGCUCAUGUAAACUGUUGGUUUGUGUCGGUGACUGCCCACCCUGGAGCUGUGCUGAGACGCUGGCCCUCUGCCACUGCUCCAUCCAUGUUCUGCUUAACAUGGAAGCCAAAUGAAAGGUAACCACGUGUGCUUGGCCCCAGCCUCUGCUCGCAGAGCUCCUAGGCCUCUGUGAUCUUGCAGCUGCAUGUACUUCGAGGCAACAGUUGAAGCAAAGCCACACCAGCCCGGGGACAAAGGAGAUAAAACCCUGGGGGCCUAUUCCGGCCUUUCCCCAUCUUUCAGCGUGAGGAAAGUGAGGCCGUAGCCUCCACAGUGGGAAUGGGUGUGCAGGGCUGACACGUGGUGAAGAGCAGGAAGAUGAGUGAAUAAACACACAUGGUGAAGAGUGGACAGAGAAGCAGACUCCCCAGGAUCCGGUCUAUACUGAGUGGCCCCUGAGGGUGACCCUGGGGAAAGACUCUACAGAGGCUUCCCUGAGGUUCAGAGACUGUGAGGCCACACAGGGGACUUAAUAGCCCUCCUUCUCCUUAAGGCAGAAUGCUAGGGCCCUGUUCUUGGAGGGGGGAGCAGGAGGAGCAGGUAGCAACAGGAAGUGCUCCCAGAGCAAACAGCACAGCCUGGAAAGACCGAGAGAGUGCAAAUGCCAGGGCCAGAGAGGGCCAAGGCCCUGGGGAACCUGUGAUCCCUCCUCAGCCUCCUCUAGCAGUUUCUCUACUCCGGCCCCAGAAUGCGCUCAAAGAACCCCCAGGUCCGCAUUUUACUGGGGUCCCCGGGGCACCCUUGGGCCUUUCUGAAGCUGGAAAAAGAAGUUAAUCCACUGGGCCGCCCUGCCUGGCAAUGCCUGGCUCCCUAGAAGAGUGUAGAGGCCAGGCCAGCAGGACUGGGCAGAGGAAGGCUGUGGGAGCUGCUGGGUCUCAAAUGGGACCCCUCCCAAGACAGUUGCCAAGCCUGGAAGGCACUUGUGUCCGACAACCUGCCCCUGAAUAAAUAAUAAUAAUAAUAA